AUGGAUGUCAUGUCUGGAUGUUCCUGUGCAUAUGGGGAUAAUAUAAAAACAGGUGACUCGAGUGAGGAAACAAACACUUGGUCUUUGGAUACACUUUGGAUAAUGCAAUUGGGAAUGUGUGCUACUUCUGAAGCUGCUCUUGUCUUGCCUAUUCCAGAGCCUCCAGCAAUAAGAUCCGAUCGAUCAACAAAUGGUCCAGCCAUUGGUUGUAAUUUCUUGAUUUCUGAAUAA